UUGAUUCAACUUUAAUCGCUAGAAUUUUUGUUCUUUUUAUUUCUCAUCAUACGAAUCGUCAUUCUUCAUACAAUACAUAUGACAUAUAUACACAUACAUGUGUACAUGUAAUUAUCACAAGUAUGUAACAAAUAAACAUUAGGCAUAUAUGUAGCUUAGCAAUGGAAGGAUUUUGGAGGUUAUAAUUUCUGUUGCUGCCAUUUGGGUGAUUGUAAAGAAGAAAGCCCAAAUAAUUUUGCUUCUCAGAUAGUAAUUUCUUUAAAAUUAUGAUCAAUUUUUUUUUUCUUUGACUCCUCAUACAGUAAUUUCUUUGCAUGAAAUGAAGCAAAAAGACUAUGUAAGUGAGUUCACAUCUGCAAGAGUGAGUUCACACUUUGGUGGUAAUAUAAAUUUCAUGUUUGCAUUAUGAGGAUUAGAAAUAUUAUUUUAAUAGAGCAUAAUUUAUUUCUCUGACGCGAAUUUAAAUGAAUAGCCACAAAUAUUGGAAUUCAAGAUUAUGAACUUAAACGGAAAAUAGAUCAUGAUGAUGCAAAUAAUUAGGAAGGAAUCUACAUAGGGUCAUUGAGGUGGCAAACUGGAGCAAUAUGAUUCAGCUGGAAGAAGGGAAGACACGUAUAAGGUUGUCAAUGAGUCUAGUUUUCCUCAUUUGUUAAUUAAUAGACAUAACUAAUUUCUGCCACCCUCUACCAGCAUUAAAAUACGCUAGAAGCCAAAUUAAGGUUUUAAUAUAAUGCCACAAUACCGUUAGAUUUUCCUUUUUGUCUUUUUACGCUAAUUUUUUUUUAUCUAAUUCUGUUUUUUUAAAAAUAUUUUAAGUAUAAGAGAUUUUUUUAAUUUUUUUUUGUAAUUGUAAUAACAUUUAGUAAAAAUUUAAAAAAGUUCAACGGUUAAGUUUACGUUAAAAUUGGGUUGAUAGCACUUCUGGUCUCUUAGUUGAUAAAUUCCAAUGUUGGUGCAUGUAAUAUUUAAUUAAGCACAUUUGAUCUUUAAUUGAUUGAAUCACACUUUUGAUCCCUUUGCUUGUGAAUAAUUAAUAUUCACAAAUUUGCCAUGAUUACCAAUUGUUUCACCACUUAAUUAUCAUGUUUCAUGUUAAAUUUGUACUAUUACUUCAUACUUGACUGUAUUAUAGUUCUAAAGAAAGUCCAAAUAUAACAUAUUUUCAUAUGGUACAGGGACUAAAAACUCAAUCAAUCAAAGAUUAAAUAUGUUUUGUAAGAAAUUACAAGGACUAAAAUAAAAAUUUGUUAAUAGUUAAGGGACCAAAAUUCUGAAUCGGCUGAUUUUUUCUGGGGAGGAAGUAAAUUUUCUUGUUUGCAUGUCCUUUUUUUUAACUUUACAUAAAUGUUACACGAAACUAAAUUAAACAUAUAUCUUACUCGGGAAAGAAAAAAAAUUAAAUGUAUCUGGCGCUCUAUAUUCUAGACUCUUUUAACCAAAAAAAAAAAAAAAAAAGAAGAAGAAGAUUGUAGACUCUUAUCAAUAUUUCUCCAUGCACAAAUACUUUACUAGGGUCUGAAAGGGAAACAAAAAAAAGUGACAAAUUAGCAAUUUUCAAGGAAGUUAAUCUUUCCGCUAAUUUAGUGAAGUGACCGAAAUCCAAAUCAGCACUGGAUUAGGAUUAAAUCCCGUAAUAAAUUUGAUUAUAUCACUAGGAUUUCAUUAUUCCCAUCUAUAUAUAUAAGCGAAAAGAGACUCUUUAUCAUAUGACUCUGUGUUCUUGAAUAUGUACAAAUUUUGCAGAGAUUGAAGAGAAAGAUUUAAUCAUUUUGUGAUUUGAUCAAGUGGGGUUGUUUUAUUAUGGCUUCACAUGAAACUGUGGAGUGUCCAUCACUAAUGAAAGCAGCCUCUAAUGGAGUAUUUCAAGGGGAUAAUCCAUUGGACUAUGCACUUCCUUUGGCCAUUGUUCAGAUAUGUUUAGUUCUUGUGCUUACUCGUCUUCUUGCUUAUCUUCUCAGACCAUUGAGACAACCUAGAGUCAUUGCUGAGAUUGUUGGAGGGGUUCUACUAGGUCCAUCUGCUUUAGGCCGCAACGAAAAGUAUCUGCAAGCUAUAUUUCCACCGAAGAGCCUUACAGUACUCGAUACCUUAGCCAAUUUCGGACUCCUCUUCUUUCUCUUCCUCGUUGGACUUGAGCUAGAUCCAAAAUCCCUUCGUCGGACUGGAAAGAAAGCUCUAAGCAUUGCCCUUGCAGGAAUCAGUUUCCCAUUGGCAUUAGGAAUUGGAACAUCCUUUGUUCUACGGGCAACUAUAAAUCAAGGAGUUAAUCAAGGCCCUUUUCUGAUCUUCAUGGGAGUAGCCCUUUCUAUCACUGCCUUCCCCGUUUUGGCUCGUAUCCUUGCUGAACUCAAGCUUUUAACAACAGAUGUCGGUCAAAUGGCCAUGUCUGCUGCAGCAGUCAAUGACGUGGCUGCGUGGAUUCUACUUGCUCUAGCUGUUGCCCUCUCUGGAGCUGGUAAAUCUCCCGUUAUUUCGUUGUGGGUCCUUUUGAGUGGGACCGGUUUCGUGCUCCUCUGCAUAUUCAUUGCUCCUCGUAUAUUCAAAUGGAUGGCUAGACGUUGUUCCGAGGGUGAGCCUGUAGACGAAAAAUACGUCUGUGCUACGCUGGCAGCUGUUUUGGCUGCAGGAUUUGUUACCGACAUGAUUGGUAUUCACGCCCUGUUUGGAGCUUUUGUGCUCGGAGUUCUUGUCCCGAAGGAAGGGCCAUUCGCGGGUGCUCUAGUGGAAAAAGUCGAGGAUCUCGUGUCUGGUCUAUUUCUUCCUCUCUACUUUGUGUCCAGUGGAUUGAAAACGAAUGUAGCUACUAUUCAAGGGGCUCAAUCAUGGGGUCUUCUUGUUCUUGUCAUAUUUACGGCGUGUUUUGGGAAGAUUGUUGGCACUAUUGUGGUGUCACUACUGUGCAAAAUGCCGUUCCAAGAGGCUGUAACUCUCGGUUUUUUGAUGAAUACUAAAGGGUUGGUGGAGCUCAUUGUUCUCAACAUAGGCAAAGAUAGAGGAGUGCUUAACGAUCAGACAUUUGCCAUUAUGGUGUUGAUGGCUCUCUUCACGACGUUCAUCACGACACCUAUAGUGAUAUCAGUAUAUAAGCCGGCUAAACUGGCUGUGACAGCAUACAAACACAGAACUAUUGAGAGGAAAAACACAAGUAAACAGCUCCGAAUCUUGACAUGCUUCCACAGCACAAGGAACAUUCCUGCAAUGCUGAAUCUCAUUGAGGUUUCUCGGGGUACUGAGAAGAGGGAAGGGCUUCGUGUCUACGCAAUGCAUCUCAUGGAGCUUUCGGAAAGGUCUUCUGCAAUCCUUAUGGUCCACAAGGCGAAAAAGAACGGACUGCCCUUUUGGAACACCGAACAGGUGCAAGACUCGAAUCAAAUCGUUGUAGCUUUCGAGACUUUCUCGAAUCUAAGUAAGGUGUCUAUUCGACCGACUACUGCAAUAUCUCCUAUGAACAGCAUGCACGAGGACAUAGUAACUAGUGCUGAGAGAAAAAGGGUUGCAAUGAUAAUUCUCCCGUUUCAUAAGCACCCGAGACUCGAUGGACAUUUGGAAACAACCCGAGCCGAUCUUAGGCAUGUGAACAGGAGAGUUCUUCAGCAUGCACCAUGUUCGGUUGGCAUAUUAGUUGACCGGGGUCUCGGUGGAGCUGCUCAUAUAUCUUCAAGUAAUGUUGACUUUUCAAUAACUGCCUUAUUCUUCGGUGGCCAUGAUGAUCGCGAAGCGCUUGCUUAUGGGGUCCGCAUAGCCGAGCACCCUGGCAUUAGUUUGGUGGUGGUUCGGUUCAUAGUGGACCCCGAGGUUACCGGGAAAAGUGUCAAGGUGGAAAUGAACGACAACAACACUAGCCCCAAGGCUCGAUCUGAGGAUGAAGAGUUCCUUGCUGAUGUAAAGCACAAGUCUUCCAUAGAUGUCUCAGUAAAAUUCGAGGAGAGGACCGUGAAAGAUGCUCGAGGGACUAUAGAAGCAAUCCGCGAGUACAACCGCUGCAAUCUGUUUCUGGUUGGCAGAAUGCCCGAGGGACAAGUAGUUGUAGCUUUGGAUAAAAAAAGCGACUGUCCAGAAUUGGGGUCUUUGGGGAACUUGUUGACAUCGCCGGAAUUUUCAACUUCAGCAUCGGUGUUGGUGGUGCAGCAGUAUCGGAGCCAGUUACCCCGAGAAUCUCUCAGUUCUUUGAAGGAAGGAGAGUCAUCAGACGGCGAUUGUGAUUCAGAAUAAACGUAGAUUUGCUAGCAAUUCAUCAAGGUUUUUAAGUAUUCAAUGUACAGUAAUAUAUCAAGAAUGAAUUACCAACUAAAGAAAGAACAUUACUAGUACUCAAGGCUUUAUAUACAUGUACUUGUUUCCCUCGGUUUACCUUCUGUUCUGUUACUGUAAAACUGCAAACUCUUCAAGUUAUUUGCUGCUAAAUGGCAUUUGCAUCAAUCUUUUUUGUU